GUCACACUAAACAGUCAAUAAAGAGCACCGUACCUUACAGUGGAUGGAGGGACGACAAGUGCAUGCUUUUGCAUUGUAGAGGGAUGAGAGGUAGAGUUAAUUGAUAGUAGAGGGACGACAUGAAGCGAAUCCAUAGUAGAAGGCAUUUAUUGUCAGGGUCUGGAACACUAAGCGACGAGUUGAGCCGCUUAGGCAGGGUGCGGAACGCUUCCGGCCAGUCAUCCCAAGCAAGAAAGGCUGAUUGGAGGCGGUCAGUUACUGGUUUUAGCACUCUUGAGGCGGAUUAUGGACUGGGAUCCGGACACGAACUCGACAGUCCAUCGAGCGUUCUUGAAGGAUCCGUUCCGGUCUUGGGUGAUGGAUUCCUCGUCCUCCUCGGCCAGAAGAAAGUUGUCGUGGUGGCUACAGAACCGCAUCGCCUUGGCGUUGUGGAAGAAGUCCAUCCCCGAAUGGAUAUGAUCGAAGUCAAGCCUCUGCUAUUUUCGGAUUGGAUUUUUCUAACGUGUGGUGAGGGAGAGUUAAGAAAGUAAUAACAAUUUUCUUUUAUUAAGUUGCGUAUAAAUAAAAUUUAAUUUU